AGUGGAUGAAAAAGAGGAGGUGGAGGACUUGCAGUGGUGAAGUUAUGCGUCACUUCUCUUUCCCAUUCCCAAUGUUUUUUCUUUUUAAUUAAAUUGAAAUACGAAUAUAUAAUUGCAAUAACAGAACAAGCGGUGACUGUGUCUUUGCGAGAGUGUGUGUGUGUGAGCCUGAGGGAGUGAACUAUCCCAAACUAACAAGAAAGAAAGAAAGAAAGAAAGAAAGAAAGAAAGAAAGAAAGAAAGAAAAUACCAUUUUCCCUUUCUCCUCCCUCCCUCACCAAUUCCUCAACCCUAAUCAUUUAUUCUCUUCCACAAUUCCAAUUUCGAUUCUUCUUCUUCUUCUUCUUAAGUAAAAUAAUUAACUAACAACAACCUAUCAACAACUACCAUGGCUAUCAUCUCCCGAAUUGCUUCCUCCUCUCCCUCUCUUCGCUACGACGCAGCACCACUUAACUUCCAUCUUCGCAAAACCUCCCUUUCCAACAACUUAACUUUCUCUUCAAACGAUUCCGUCAAGAGAAUUGUUGCUUCCGGUGGCCGCAGGGUGAUUGUUGCUGCUAGUCCUCCAACUGAAGAUGCUGUUGUUGCUACUCAUCCACUUACCAAACAGGAUCUCAUCGAUUAUCUCGCUUCUGGUUGUAAAACCAAAGAUAAAUGGAGAAUAGGUACUGAACAUGAAAAGUUUGGUUUUGAGUUGGGAAGCUUGCGUCCUAUGAAGUAUGAGCAAAUAUCAGAUUUGCUGAAUGGCAUUGCUGAAAGAUUUGACUGGGAUAAAGUAAUGGAAGGUGAUAAAAUUAUUGGACUCAAACAGGGGAAGCAAAGCAUAUCAUUGGAGCCAGGAGGUCAGUUUGAACUUAGUGGAGCCCCUCUUGAAACUCUGCAUCAGACUUGUGCUGAAGUCAAUUCGCACCUCUAUCAAGUUAAAGCUGUUGCUGAGGAAAUGGGAAUUGGAUUUCUGGGAAUUGGUUUCCAGCCAAAAUGGGAACUCAAAGACAUACCUAUGAUGCCAAAGGGAAGAUAUGAGAUUAUGAAAAAAUACAUGCCCAAAGUUGGUUCUCUUGGGCUUGACAUGAUGUUCAGGACAUGCACUGUACAGGUCAAUCUGGACUUUAGUUCUGAAGCUGACAUGAUCAGGAAAUUUCGUGCUGGCCUAGCUUUGCAACCUAUUGCAACAGCUCUUUUUGCAAAUUCACCCUUCACAGAUGGAAAGCCCAAUGGAUUUGUCAGUAUGAGAAGCCAUAUUUGGACUGACACUGAUAAGAACCGCACAGGCAUGCUGCCUUUUGUUUUUGAUGACUCCUUCGGGUUUGAGCAGUACGUUGAUUAUGCUCUUGAUGUUCCAAUGUAUUUUGUCUAUCGGAAAAAGAAGUACAUCGACUGUACUGGAAUGACCUUCAGGGACUUCUUGGCAGGAAAGCUUCCUUGUAUUCCUGGUGAAUUACCAACUCUCAAUGAUUGGGAGAAUCAUUUGACCACUAUAUUUCCUGAGGUCAGGCUAAAGAGGUAUUUGGAGAUGAGAGGUGCUGACGGCGGGCCUUGGAGAAGGUUAUGUGCUUUACCAGCAUUUUGGGUAGGGAUUUUGUACGAUGAGAUUUCUUUGCAAAGUGUUUUGGAUUUAACAGAAGAUUGGACUCUGGAAGAAAGACAAAUGCUAAGGAAUAAGGUUACCGUAACUGGUCUAAGGACGCCAUUUCGAGAUGGCUUGCUGAAGCAUGUUGCUGAAGAGGUUCUAAAGUUGGCAAAGGAUGGCUUGGAAAGAAGAGGCUUUAAGGAAUCAGGGUUUUUAAAUGCGGUAGCUGAGGUGGUCAGAACAGGUGUCACUCCAGCUGAAAGGCUUUUGGAAUUGUAUAAUGGGAAGUGGGAGCAAUCUGUAGAUCAUGUAUUUGAGGAAUUGCUUUAUUAAGGUGUAUUCGGUAAACCACCUUUUUUGGGUAGAAUCGUGCAUAAUAAACCUUUGGACUUUUUAGUCUUGGUCACCUCUCCUGUGAGCUGCUUUUAGAAAUAGGGAAUAAUGUGGUGUAAUUUUUGCCCCGAGGCUUCUUAUAUGCUUGGAAACAUGACCAGAUCAAGCUGGUAUUUAAUUCAUGUCGGAAGUUUGAACAUCACAUCAGCUUAAUAAUUUUCGUAAGUGUUGUGAUUAAUGUUGUGGUAGGUGUAAAUGUUGCUUGAACGAAUUUUCACUCUCUCUAAUUCCAGACUAGAGACAUUCUAUUUUCCAUCAAUUUCCAUAACAAUGUUGUUUAAA